AUGAUCUUCUUACACUAUUCGCAUUUGGAAUGCACUAUCCUCAUUAAAUUUCAUAUUCUACUAUCAUAUAGUCCACCAGUAGCCGAGGCAUCCGCGGUAUCAGACAAAUUCGAAAAUGGCGAGGUCACAUUUGGAGCAGUUCCAGCAAAGUACGGCAAUAAAGACUUCACCUACGUCCCACUCUUUAUGCAAUGUCAAUGGAUGAUUUAUUUCAUGAAAAUUCAGUAUGGUUCCCAGAUUAUUGGUGAACGACUUCCGGCAGACGUCGAUACCGGGAGUGGAUUGACAUUUGGUCCAAGAGAUGCAGUGCGAAAAAUAUUCAUUCAACUCCCGGGGUCAUCUGCCCUCUCUGGAAGAGUGCACGUUGACUGUGAGCAAUUACACACUUAUCCGGAUCUGGUUAUUACUCUUCAAAACAAAGAAUUCAGGAUCCCAACAAAGAAUCUUGUCAUCUAUGAGAUGUACAAAAAGAAGCGGCGCUGUUUGUUUGGUAUUCGUUACUACGUGGAUGAUCCUGAGACGCGUUGGUGCUUGGGUUUGACGGUGCUUCGAAACUUCCUAACGGUGUUUAAUAAAACACAAAACUCAAUAGCCUUUUCGGAGGCUGUUUGUUAA